AUGUUUAAUAACUAUAAAGUAAAUUUAGAAAGACAUAGUGGAUUAACUAAAUUUCUGAGUAAACUUAAUGAACAACAAUAGAAUGAAUUGAUCUCUGUCAUAAACGAUAUUUAACAUCUUCUAAAUAACAAUAUGGAAGAAAAAGAGAAACUAUUAAAUGUUGUAAACAAUAUGCAAAUUCAAACUUAAAAUAGUUUAGAUGCUGAAUUACAAAAGUAAAUAGAAUGUCUAAUUUAGGAAUGCAGAAUUAACUAAAUAAAUUGCUUAAUAAAAACAUAUUAUUACUAAAUAGAUAGAAGAAAUUGCUCAAUUAAAUUAAUUUGUAGUAUAGAGAUAAAAGGAGAGAAGAAGCCUUUAUUCGUCUCCACUCUAAACAUCAAAUAAGCAAAUGACUUAAUAGAGUAUUGUACCUAUAACAACUACUGAUUACUAUCAAAAAUUAUUUGAGGAAGAAUGUAAGAAAGAGGAGUCUAUGAUGAGAUUAUGGAAGAAACUAUAAAGAAAAAGUUUAGAGAAAGUAUAGAUUUUAUAAGAGGCUGUAACUAAUUAUUUGACAGAUCAAUGUAAUAAAUAUGAGGAGAGUUUGGCUAUGUAGAGUGAUAUAAUAAAUAAUUUAGAAGAUCAAUUAAAUAAGUAUAAGGUGGCUCUGAAAUUGAUAAUAUAGCAUAGUUAUAAGUAACCUACAUCUGAAUUGGUUGCAGUGGCAUAAUCAUUAUAUUAGGAAAAUGAAAUUUAAGAAUUCGAUUAUGAACAAUUGAUUGAAACUCUAAUAGAUUUUAGCAAUAAGAGAGAUUUAUUAUAUUAACUAUAAUAAAAAGAGACUGAAGUGGUUUUAUUAAAAAAUAAAGCAUUUAAUAACGAAGAGUAUGAUAAAUUGAAAGAAUAAAAUAAUAAAUUAUAAGAAGAAUAUAAAAUUAUUGAUGAUUAACGAAAAGAAUUGUUAAGUUUGAGUUAAUAAAUGAAUGAGAAAAUAUCUCUUUAAUCAAAUUAAAUUAAUUCAAUGAAUGAAUAAAUAUCAUAAUUAACAUCAUUAUUUGCAAAAUCUUUAUAGGAUUUAGAAACUGUAUAAGAAGAAAAUGAAUCUUUAAAGAAAUGUUAAUCUAAUUUUACAACUCGAACAAGUGAAGUUCAUAGUCGAUUCUCUGUUGGAUUAGAUGAUAAAUUAAUUAAAUGUUUCAAUUCUGUAUGUAGUAAUUAUAAUUCACAAUCAACAAGACAUAAUAAAAGUAAAAAUAGGAGCAUGCUUAGUUAAUUAAGUAAAUCUUCUUUAGGAGAUAAUGAAGAAUUAUGUAAUUUACUUGAUUUAGUAUUAAAUUAAGGAUUUUCUUAAAAAAUUAUUGAAUCAAUAACUUAAUUAAGUAAUACAGGAUUACGUAAAAGAAUUAAGGAUCUUUUAUUCACAAUAUAUAAUAAUAAUAAUGAGAUUGAUGCAUUAUUUAGUUCGUUCAGUAAUUUAAUAAGAGACUUAGAAAUUCCAUUAAAUGAUUUUGAACUAAUUAAUGAAGGAUUUUUAAGAAGUACUUGUAAAUUGGAAAGGAAUACAAAAUAAAGUUUUGAAAUGCUUCAUCAUUUAAUUAAUAAGAAUAAUAAUAAAUAAUAAACAAAACAUGGAGCAUAGCAGAUUGGAUUAUUAUCAAAAGUGUUGCUACAAUUAUGUUAAGGAAAUGAUGAUACAAUUGUUGAACAUAUUGAUAAACACAUUGAAAUUUCAAAAUAAUUAAAAGAUAAGAAAAAUAAAUAACUUAGAGAUCUUUAAUUCAGUGCAUGUAAAAUGAUAAUGGAUAUUUUUAAGAAAUGGAAACAAAAUUAUAUUCAUAUUACAACUAUUUUAUAUAGUAUCCAGAGAGGGUUACAACAGGAUUAAGAAAUUAACAUCCAAUCCUAUCUCAAUGAACUUACCAAGAGUGACCUCGGAAAGAGUAUAUAAAAAGAAUUGAAUAAAUUAUUUCAAUUACUUAUUUGA